AUGCCGAUCGACACGUCCGUUUGGUACAAAAAGCACAUUGGGCCUCGGCUAAGCGCGCCAAUGCAACUUAUCUUGGAAGAAUGGAGCGACAUUCCCAGUGGCGAGCUACAGCGCCAUCUUCAUGCAGUACGCGAUAAAGCCUGGAAAUAUGGUGAGUUUCCCUGCGUUGGGCAGUGGAUGUUUCUCCUGCCAGGCAUCGCCGCGUUUCCCCAAUUCAAGCAUGUGCUGGAGUGCGCGCGCCAAGGGGGCAUCGUAUUAGAUCUCGGCUGCGGACUGGGCCAAAAUCUCCGACUCCUGGCCGCUAAUGGCGCUCCUCCUGAGAGAAUGUGGGCGCUCGAUCUUCGUCCGGAGCUGUGGCAAUUAGGGUACGAGCUCUAUCGAGAUCAUGAACGGUUACCCGCAACAUUCAUUUCGGGCAACUUUCUACAGGAUGAUGAUUGCGAGGGUUUGCUGAAGCUGUAUGCUGAGGUUGAUAUCAUGAUUGCCGGGCAGUUCCUCCAUCUUUUCUCAUGGGAGGGACAAAAACAGGCGGGAAAGCGGAUUGUCGCCCUGUCUAAGCCGGGGACUAUCUUGAUCGGUUAUCAACAGUCGCGGGGACAGGCUCGGGAGUACAUUCGUCCCUGGGGGAUGAUGUUCUAUCAUAACCUCGAGAGCUUUCAGCAAAUGUGGCAGGAGAUUUCCCGCGAGACGAACACCGAGUGGACGGUGGACGCGACAGUGGUGGACUUGGAAGAAUGGGGGAUGCAAGCUGAAGACACUGAAUAG